UGCGCUCGAAGCCGCUCCCCGCCCGUCGGCGCGCUUGCACGCUGGGAAACGUGUCUCCCCUCCGCCCGGCUCCCGUGAGCGCCGUGGGGUGCGAGACUCCCUUUCCCGGCGUGCUCCGCGGCAGCGCUGUGCCGAGGGCCCGCCUCGCGCCUGCCGGACGCCUCCUGGCAGGGGCCGGUUUUAGCCGCUCCGCCACGGGGGAGGGCAGCACCGUUUCGGCGGCCUCGCCCCGGGCCCGGCCGCUCCUCAGAGCCCGCCUCCCGCCGGGGCAGGGCUGGGCCGCGCCGGGGCUGCCGCUGCUGGCGAACGGCACCAGCGCGUCAGGCGCUGCUGGGACAGCUAUGGCGGCACGCGAGGGGGCCGGGGGGGGGUGUCUCCAUGGCGACGGGUGUAAACAGCGCGGGCGGCCGGGCCAUGGCGGCGCGUCGGGCUGCGCCGGGCGGGGCCGGUCCUGAAUCUCCCUCUGAGACUCCAGAUUGCCAAACACGUAUCAACAGUCUGAAGUGCGUCCUGUCCAAGAAACAGAAGACUCCGUCUCUUCAGCUCUCUGCCAGAGGCCACUGGUCCACGUGGCCUGCGUUUGUGGCCGGGCAGACUGUCCUAAAGAAUCAUAAACCCUGCUGCGCCCCGGAGGAGAGACAGCCUAGCAAUAAACAGGCCCUUCUCGCCCUUCCAAAGCCACGAUACUUGGAGCAACUGGAAUCCUAUCUAAGGAAAGAGCUGCAGUCUCUUGAUCUGACUAAGGAGAACUCCCAGGAACUGAAAUUACAGCCCUACAGAGAGAUCUUUGACUUCUUCAUAGACAGCUUCAAGACCUACAAGCCCUUGCUGGCAGCUAUAAAGAGUGAAUAUGAAGCUACUUUGGCUCAUCAGCAGAAGACAAUUCGUGCCCUAGAGCCUCUGAAGGCCAUGGUGGCUACUGUCUCCGAGGAGUGCACCCGGCAGAUACUGGCACUGCAGGAGAAGGAGAGAGAUGAACUAAAUAUGUUAAAGCAAGAGAAAAAACAUUUGUUAAAGUUCAUUGACAACAUGAAGGAAGAAAAUAAUUCUCUUCAGACUCAGGUCAAGCAUCUGCGGGAGAGUGUCACUGAGGAGUACGCUCGCUAUCUCAACGAGCACGCUGCCCGCAAACUGCUGCUAGCAAAACUGAGUGAUUUGCACAACGAGCAGCUGGAGAUGACACAGCAAGCCCAGCGCAGAGAGAGCACAGAUCUCUAUACCAAGGGUGAAGAUACAGUGAAGCUAAGUUUGGCAUUGAAGGUAGCCCGGCAGGACCUCACCAAAGCCCAGGAGAAGCUGAACCUCAUGAUAGCAUACUAUGCAGAUGUUGUCCCCAGGAGAGAUUUUGAAUCACUGGAGAAAAAAAACUCAGAUUUACUUCAGGAGAUAAAGACUCUGCAGAAGGAUUUUGAUCAUCUCCAUCAGGAAUAUGAAACACUGCUGGACAUCCAAAGAGAGACCGCAGAAGAGCGAGACAAGUUCUGCGCUGAACUCCAGCGAGUCCAGCACAACUGCACGCCCCGGCCAAACUGGGCCAGGUGUUCAGAGGUGAUUCCUGGUGGAGCCGACCGGUGGGACUGGCUGGCUGAGGGGAAGACCAGUGACCAGUUAGUGGAUGUGCUUCUGGAAGAAAUAGGAACACGAGUGCUAAAAGAGAGAAAUGCCUUCCAUGGAAAGGGCAAAAGUGACAAGGUGCCUGUGUACUUGAGGCAUGAAGGUAAAGUCAAGAACAAAAAACCAACUAAGAAGGAUGUGGUGAACAUUCUAAAGGAUAUCUGGAAGGAGAAAAUUGCACUAGACCAGCAGACAGAGAAGCGAUCCAGUCUUCCCGAGUUCUUCCUCAGCUACCUCCAGAAGAAGUAUGGAAAUGCUGCUGCCAUGGAAUGGUCUUACAGCCUCUACGAGAACAUGCGGCUCUGUCGAUCAAACCAUGUCCUGAGCUCUUUCUAUGACAUACUCACUGGGAAGGUGGGCGAAGAACAGUUCCACGGCCAGAAUCAGGUGAUUUCUGACCUGCAAAAGAAGCUGGCUGCCUGCGACAGCUCAGACAGUGGAUCCCUGACCAGUGAGCAGUUCAGCACGGCUGUGAGGGAAGCUUUUCCCCUGAAAAGGAAAGAGUCAGUCCAAGAACUAUUGGAUGCAAGCAGGUCCAAGCUGGACAGCACUGAAGACCUCAUUGACUACAUGUCCUUAUUCAAAGAAGACGAGGAGGGAAACCCUGACCCUUUUGUUGCCAAGCUCAGGAGCCAGUAUGUCAGGGAGAAGCAGGAGUACCUGAGGCAGCUGAAGAACAAGCUGAGAGAUUUAACAACAAAGUAAAUUCAGCCAUGAGAUCGGGCAGCUGAAGGAGCCUCCAGAGAAGAGCAGCAGCGGAGAGGCUCUGAGAACAGUUAAUCCAAGCAAACAGCGCAGCCCCGCCUCGCACUUACUCUGCUUUUUCUACUCACACCACUCGUUUCCAAGCCAUAACUGCUUCACCCUUGCACACAUCCCCCGCCUCUUGCUACUUGUUCCUCAGAUGACUCCUGUGCUGCCAACCCCUUGCUACUUCCUGUUGCCCCUGCACCACCUUCAUGGUGGAGUAUAAAACCCCACAUCUACAGAGGCCCUCCUGGGACAGGAGGCCCAGUGGCAUCACACAGUAUAAAUCACAAGACACCACACUUGCUGUGGAAAUACUGCUAGUGCACAUCCUGGCAACAACAGUCUUGCCAGGCUAUCAAAGCACCACCAAACACUCCUACGAGUGAAUAAUAACCUUCCCUUUACCUUCUCA